GUACGUAAAAGCUUCUUUCCACCACGCCCAAAGCAGAAGAGAAAAACUCGUUUAAAAAAAGUUGUUGAGGAUGGGGAACUAUCUGAUAGCAGUACGUCGUCGUCAUCAAAAAGUGUAGUGUCGAAUAGCUUGGAAUCAAACAAAUUCUAUGGGAAAACCAGAUCUACGGCUAAGAUAUCCGAUAGCGACAGCGGGAGUGAUAUUGUGAUAAAUGAAACCUCAGCAUGUCGAAAGCAGACGGACAAUAACGUUAACAUCAUGACUAGCAAUGAGAACGCACAUCAGGGAAUUUUGAAGAGAACAUCUCUGGCAAGUUCCAUUAUCAAAAACCAUAAGCGUAGAAAUUCAGAUGAGUCGCUAAACUAUGAAUCAGUUUGUUUUAAGAAACGGUGUGAUAGUGAAGUACUUUUACCAGAAGUAACUGAAAUUAAAAACAAGCAUUUACAGUUAGACGUUUUUAAAGAUUCUGGUUUUAGCUCUUCUUCAAGUCAGGAACGAACUCCUACAGAAGAAAAAUUUGUAUUUGAAGAAACGUUUUCACAGGAAACAAUCGAAUCCAAUCGAACAUCUCAACAUGCAAUUAAAAAAAUUGACUCUGCUGAAGCACCUCCAUUUUCAAAUUCAAAGCUCAGUUUUCGCUGCUCGACAUUAUCUCAGGUAUCAUGUGAAUCGACUGGUUCAGCGUUGUAUGACAAUCCGUAUUAUAAUAAGCAAAAUGUUCUGCAUGAACCACAGUCAUCAGAUUACAGUGCAAUUUAUGCAAAAUCUGAACAUAAUCUGGGGUUAUGUAUGUUCUGCCUAUCGGAACCAAAAAAUAGCGUGUUUGUUCAUAGCAAUUUUGUACAUCUUUGUUGCUGUUAUAAAUGUGCCAUGAAAAUAUGGAGACAACGCAAAUCCUGUCCGAUAUGCAAUUGUAAAGUUAAAAAUGUAAUGAAAUUAUUUGUUCAUUGAUACGCUUUACCACACAUGUGCCACUUUCCAAACAACGCAAUUACAUAUAGAGAUUGCUAAAGUAUGAUUGUGUCAGUGAUUUGUUUUCAUCGGGAAAAUUUUUCGCUAUGAAGUUUUUUUUCCCGAUGAAAACAUUUUUGCGUAUACGUAUACGUGACGUAGUGUGCGUACGAUAAACGUCAGCAAUCUCUAUUAGGUUUUGCACCGUCGGGGUUAACCUCAAUCUGAUGACAGUUUAGUGGUACUGUUUACGUGGACUUAGUCGAUUUUUUCUUGGGUGGAUUUUCUCGAUAAUUUUUCAGACUGCAGUGAGAUGUAAACCACAUUUCUGCAAUGUUCACGAGCAAAAUCCUUGCAACGCGCUGUUCCUUAACAAUUUUCAAGUUAAAAUUCGGAAAUUUUAGAAUUUUUUUUUUUUGAAAAAACAACUAAGUGCUUGUAAACAGUACCACUGAACUGUCAAAAAGGUUCAGCCGAUUAACAUUGAGUUCAUUUGUGACG